AUGGUUGCCAUCACUUCGCCGCCCAGCGACGCCGAAACCGUCUCUCUGUUUGUCCCCCAGGAUGACGACGCCCAGGCCAAGGAGGAUUUCAUCAACUCGCAUCCCCUCACCCUCACCCUAAGGGCCAACCCCGACUACAUCGAGUCACGCCCACACAUGAAGAUUCCCGAGGCAUGGCGAAAACGCAAUCUGACGGGUGGCGUCCUCAUGGGCCCAGGAAAGGUAGUGGUCCCGCCCUUCAGCUUCUCUGAGCAGACGGGAAAGGACUUUGUGCAGAUAUCCCACGUUGGUACUGAUCUAUGCGGUCACAUGGGCGUCAUUCAUGGUGGUUUUCUGGCUACGAUGCUCGAUGAAGGACUGGCCAGAUGUUGUUUCCCCGUGUUGCCUUUCAACGUCGGCAUGACGGCCAAGUUGGACAUUAACUACAAGGCUCCCGCCAUGGCCGACCAGUACCUCGUCUUACGGGCCACUACCGUCAAGGUCGAAGGGCGAAAGGCUUGGGUGGAAGGCCACAUCGAGACACUCCCGUCCAAGGAAGGAGAGGAGCCGACCGUGCUGGUGACAGCAAGCGCCCUCUAUAUCUCCCCCAAGCAAGCAGCGUCAACAAUGGCUACCAACAUCACCUGGCAUCCUUCGCUUUCGCGACAUGAACGCAACCAGCUGCGUGGCCAGCGUGGUUUCACCAUCUGGUUCACAGGCUUGUCGGCGUCGGGAAAGUCGACGGUGGCAACCGCCCUUGAGCAGCAUCUCUUGCACAUUGGCCUGGCCGCCUACCGGUUGGAUGGCGACAAUGUGCGUUUCGGGCUGAACAAGGAUCUUGGUUUCUCGGAGAAGGACCGCAAUGAGAACAUUCGGCGCAUCGCAGAGGUAGCCAAGCUUUUUGCCGACUCUUCCACGAUUGCUCUCACCUCGUUCAUUUCACCUUAUCGCGCCGACCGCCAGAUCGCGCGUGACCUCCACGCAAAUUCGACACAGGCUGGAGACGACCCGCUUCCCUUCAUCGAGGUAUUCGUUGACGUUCCUCUUGCCGAGGCCGAGAAGAGAGAUCCCAAGGGGCUGUACAAGAAGGCCCGCGCUGGAGAGAUCAAGGACUUCACGGGCAUCUCGGCGCCUUACGAGGCACCCGAAUCGCCUGAAAUCACCAUCAGGACAGACCUUCUGAGCGUGGAGGAGUGCGUCAAGAAGAUUGUAGAUUAUCUGGCCGAGGCCGGUCUCAUCAGCGAAACUAAGGAGACGAGAUAA